ACAGCGGAGGCACAGUCCCUGUCACAGCACAGCUCUCUGCCACAGACACCGUUCUCACCAGCUGCCGCAGUCCCGUCUUGCAUAAGAGCGAACAGACCCACUAUCCUGCGAUAAAAUCUACUCUACAUGUAUUUUUGUAGAUUGUCCUUAGAAGAAAAACCAGAAGAAUGAGUUCCGGGUGUGUGGUCCUCCAGCAGCCGUCUGUAAGCGCGGUACCGUGGUCGCGCUCGCGGACAGUAGGCAGCAGCAGCUCGGACACAAACGGCAGCCAGAAUUCACUGUGGAGACCAUGGUUACACAACAGCAGGGAUGGACUUGAGCAAUGCCCAAGGAGCAAGCUGUCCAAUCCUUAUUCCAGACCUACAGUGCCAGGCUUCUUCUUGACAGCUGGGAAACCUCAGUCCUUCCAGCACCCUGUUAGACUAUUCUGGCCCAAAUCCAAGUCAUUUGACUAUCUGUACAGUGACGGAGAGGCUUUACUGAGGAACUUCCCUGUUCAGGCAACCAUCAGCUUUUAUGAUGAGUCUGACUGUGAAGAUGACGAUGAGGAGGACUGGGAGGAGGAUGCUGACUCUGAGGAGUGCCUCAAACAGCAGUCACAUUUCACAUCCUACAACUGAAUGACCGAGAGCCUCUCUGCAAAGACUGUUUAUACCCACUUAACUGGUCUUAAACUGCAUUUUAAAGGAUGUAUGAGAUUUUAGAGUAGAAUAAGCUCAGUAAUGUGAUAGUCGCUGUCACACAGAUGAGAGCUUAAUCGACUUUCUGUGUGUUAGUAAACAGGAAGAUUGUUUUUCAAGACUCGAUCUGCCUUUUUAUCUCUCUAACCACUAUAACUACUGAGGACCUCAGAUGUGUUCCCCAUUUACAGUUUUACAAAAUUUUGCAACACUAGGGUAAACAGAGAUUUUAAAAAGAGAGCAGCAUGUCAAUCAAACUAAUGCAUGAAAAGUGUCCAUUGCACUCUCUCUCUGUGUAGUCAGGUAGUCUCACAUUUUCUGUUGUGUGUACUGCACACAAUAGUGCAAUAGUGUGUAUUAUCUGUUACACAGUGUUGUUUUUCUCAGUGUGUGCUUUGAGAGUGGAAAGUGUUGUGCUCCCAUAUUUGGGAUACUUGUUUACAGCCAAUCUCAGGGUUAGUUCUUGCCAAUGUGUAUAGAAUGUAAUAUACACACAUCUCUAAUUUAUAAUGUAUAUUGUACAUGACUUGUACAUAAACACAUAUUUAUGUUACGACUUAUUUUUCUAUAUUUUUGUGCAUCAGUAUUGUUGUGUAUUAUCUUAACACUGUACAAACUAAGCUUGUAUAAAAAAUAAAAUAAGCUAUUUUGGGAUUGAUUUAUCCUUA